UAGUCGGACUUACAACAUUCAAGCGGCGUAGGAAAGGUUCCGCGGGCCGCUCACGAGUGGACAGGUGGCUCGCAAGUGCGCGACCAGAGCUGACCGCGGACAUGUUACUGAGGCGGGCGUGGGUCCGAGACCCAGUACGGGUGUUCCGUUGCGCCUCCAACAGCAUCGUUUACGACAGCGCUACCUCCAAGGAGACCAACGGGACGUCGGAGGCCAAGUACCGCCACACUGUCCUGCUGCCUCACACCGACCUGCCGAUGAAGCUUGUCGGGCAGCAGCUUCUGGACACGGAGCUGGACAUCCAGCGGAGAUGCAGAUUUGCUGAUUUGUAUGCUUGGCAGAGGCAGAGGAAAGCAAAGAAAGAGUUCUGUCUGCACGAUGGCCCCCCCUAUGCCAACGGAGACCCUCACGUGGGCCAUGCCCUGAACAAGAUCCUGAAGGACAUUCGGAAUCGCUUUGAAGUGCUGCGUGGGCGCAGGGUCCACUACGUGCCCGGCUGGGAUUGCCAUGGCCUGCCCAUCGAGCUGAAGGCUUUGGGUGAACUUGGGACCCAGGACCUGACCCCGCUGGAAAUCAGACAUCGAGCGAGGGAGUUUGCCAGGCAGGCCAUCGAGAAGCAGCGGGCAGCAUUUGAGCGAUGGGGUGUCAUGGCCGACUGGCGCCAGUGCUACUACACCUUUGAUGGGAAGUACGAGGCCAAGCAGUUGGGCGUCUUCUACAGCAUGUAUGAAAAGGGGCUCAUUUAUCGGGACUACAAGCCGGUGUACUGGUCUCCCUCCAGCAGGACUGCCUUGGCAGAGGCAGAGCUCGAGUACAACGCCCAGCAUGUGAGCCAAGCCAUCUACACCACCUUCCCCAUCAAGGUGCCACCUCCAAAGCUUGCGGCAGCUACAGAUAACUGGGCUGAUGUUGGCGCGCUCAUCUGGACCACACAGCCCUGGACCAUCCCGGCCAAUCAGGCGGUGUGCUACAUGCCAAACGCGCAGUAUUCACUCGUGAAGUGUGCCGAGUCCGGACGGUGGUACCUGCUGGCGACGGAGCGUCUGGACAACAUCGCUGCGGCCCUCGGUGCCCGGCUGGAGGUCGGCCCCACCUUUACAGGGAGUGAUCUGGAGGGAGGCAUCUGCAGCCAUCCCCUCGUGCCAAGCAAGGACUCUCCCCUGCUGCCUGCCAAUCAUGUGACCAUGGUAAAGGGCACGGGACUGGUGCACACGGCCCCCGCCCAUGGCAUGGACGACUACAGUGUGGCAUCGCAGUUCAAGCUGCCAGUGGAUUGCCUCGUUGAUGAAGAUGGCAGAUUCAUGGAGUCCGCUGGCCCAGACCUGUGUGGCAAGGUGGUUCUGGACGAGGGCACUCACACAGUGAUCUCUGCGCUCCGUGACGGUGGGCAUCUGCUGAAGGAGGAGCGGCACACCCACAGCUACCCGUAUGACUGGAGGACCAAGCGGCCAGUGGUGGUCCGUGCCAGCCAACAGUGGUUUGUGAACACAGACAGCGUGAAGGACAGGGCGCAGGACGUCCUCAAGAAAGUCAACAUCAUCCCGGAGUCGGCGAGGGGCAGCCUGCUGGCAAUGCUGGACCGCCGGACAUACUGGUGUAUCUCUCGCCAGAGGAGCUGGGGCGUCCCCAUCCCCGUCUUCUACCAUAAGCAGACUGGCAUGCCGCUCAUCAGCAGACGGACGGUGGAGCACCUCGCCCAGCUCGUCACGGAGCGCAGCAGCGACUGCUGGUGGGAGUUGCCAAUGGAGCAGCUGCUUCCUUCUGAUGCCACCUCCAAGGGCACCAGCGUUGAAGAGUAUGAGAAGGGUGAGGACGUCCUGGACAUCUGGUUUGACAGUGGCACAUCCUGGGCUGCGGUGCUGGAUGAGCCAGACUGCCGUGCCGACGUGUAUUUGGAAGGCAAGGACCAACUUGGCGGGUGGUUCUUAUCAUCCUUAUUGACCAGCGUGGCCACCCGCAAGAAGGCACCUUACCGGUCCCUGGUGGUCCACGGCUUUGUGCUCAGCGAGGGAGGUGACAAGAUGUCAAAGUCGCAGGGUAACGUGGUCGACCCGGACGCCAUCGUCCAUGGAGGGCAGCAGGAUGCCAAGCAGAACCCAGCGUACGGCGCCGACACGCUGCGGUGGUGGGUGGCCGAGUCGAACGUCUUCUCUGAGGUGACGAUAGGACCGCGCGCUCUGAGCGCUGCCCGCGAUGACAUCCACAAGGUGCGAAACACGCUGCGCUUCAUGCUGGGCAACCUGCGGGGCUUUGAGCGGGCGACGCAGGCGGUGGACAGCCGGGAGAUGUUCGUCAUCGACCAGUACCUGUUGCACCUGCUGCAGGAGUACAGCAUGAAGGUCACCGACGCCUACGGCGAGUACGACUUUAGUAAGGUCAUCCGCCUGCUGCAGGCCUUCAUGUCCCGCGACCUGUCCGGCUUCUACUUCAGCGUCGUCAAGGACAGGCUCUACUGUGACGAGAGGAACUCUCUGGGCCGGCGGUCCUGCCUGACGGUCCUGGACGAGGUGCUGGACGCCGUGAGCCGCUCCGUCGCCCCCAUCCUGCCGCACCUCGCCGAGGAGGUCUUCCUGCACGCUCCCGGCCACACAGGGGCCGAGACCCUCUUUGAGACGGGCUGGAUCAAGGCCAGUUCGCUGUGGAAGAAGCCGGGCCUGGUGGAGGCGGUGGAGGGCGCCUGUACCAUCCGGGACACCUUCUUGAGCUCCAUCCCCGGGCGCAACGCCGCCGAGUUUGAUGUGACCGUCGCCAUUGAGCCCGGGCUGCUGUUUGAGCUCAUGGAGACCCUCCAAGAGCAGCCCGUGGCCAGCGACUCCCAGCUGACGGAGCUGCUGAUGGCCUCCCAGACGACACUCCUGCCCAGCCUGCCCCGCGAUUUGCCCGCAGACGCCGUGACGCUCAAAGGGAACUUCCUCAUCAACCUCGAGGGUGGGGACAUCGUGGAGGACGCCUCGUACAAGGUGGCCGUGGUCCCAGCCAGCCGUCCCCGAUGCCUCCGCUGCCGGAAGUUCACUGCGCCGUCGCCAGGAGUGCCCUGCCCGCGAUGUUCAGAGGUCCUCUGUGGUACCCCUGCCCUUUAACCCCAUGGAGCCGAGGAGGGAAAGGGGGCAGCAGGGGUGCCUGGACGAUGUGCUGGACGCUCGUGUUCCUGAAGCUAUGCCACUGUGUGACAAUGACACCAAAAUUAAAGCAAGCUGCUCUGCC